AUGGCAUCGUCUAAUCCGUUUCGCAAAAGUGCUGCCUUUACGGUAGACACAGCUUCUUUUCCCAACUCAACAUCCUCUGCCGCUUCUCGUUUCCCUGCUCUCGAUCAAAUUGAAACAGCACCUACUCCUCCGCCUCCGACCAGCUUCCAGCAAGCUAGCUCGUCGACGAUUGACUCGAAAUCUAAGAUUACCAAAAACGUCCGCGUACUAUCACCCCCGCCGCUGUCUCCCGACUCUCCCGAAUGGGCAUUCGCGGCACCUUCUAUUGCGCAACAAACUACGAACCAACAGAAUGAGGACGAUCCGUUCGAUGCGACUUCUACCGACGAUAGCGAUCGCGAAAUGGUAGCUGCGGCUGCCCAUGGCUAUGCUCCGAAUGGCGGUCAGGGCAUAGGAAACCCGUUCAGCAAGACAUUACGUAGCGUUGACUCGCCCGUCGCAGAACAAAAGCUUGAGCAGGAGCGCAAAGAAGAAGGCCAUGCGCUCAAGGCUGCUAAUACGGCCAGAAGGUCUCUGGACGUUAAUUCUUUCAAGCGAUUGCUGAUGACGGGUAAUACGGAGUCGGACAAGUCUUCGCCGCCGAAAAUCCGACAGUCGAUGCCACCACCAGCGAAAAACACAAAAGACCGACCGUCUGUUUUCCGAAGAAUCUCACACGACGAUUCCAAAGAUAUAUCGGCCCCCGAGAAUGCACUCCAAGAGGCAUCUCUCAUUUCUGAAGAAGCUUCGGAUACCCCGGAAGAUGAUAUUGAUCAAGAAAACGUUUCUGACUCAAGCGCUUCUGCCCAGCUGAGCUCAAAGAACAGCAAGAAACCGCCGCCGCCACCUAGCUCGCGACAUGGGAAGUCCAUCAAGCUGGAUCUGGUUGGUCAGACAUCUCCAGAACCUCUUGCGACACUGUCAUCAGAUAUGAACAAACCGCUUCCGCCCGCGCCGGUGAGAAGAAGCAUGGAAGAAGGAGGCGAGUCGCCGUUUGAUCGCGAAGCAGCUGGCAAAAUUCCAGAGGCUGAA